AUGUUUACAGGCCUUUCGAAUGGUGAUAAUCAAAAUGCCACAAGUUGUCUGAUUGCACGCUCCUCAAGCAGUGAUAAAGGGUGGCUUACAUUAGUGGGGAAAAUAUGUGAACUAGUAGGGAGUAACAUCUUGAAAGAAAAGAGAAAGCAUAAACUAGCUUUCUGUCUAGCGGAGAGACUGAUAAAAAAUGAUUCUUCUUGGGACGAAACCAUUAAUAGUCAAGUGGCCCCAUCUGAAAUUGAAGAAGACCAGUCUUCUGGAGAUUAUAAGCCAAUCCCGUUAUUGCUGGCGACUGAAAGAGGAAUAGUAGAGAUUGUGAACAAGAUUCUAGAUGAAUGUCCCCAGCUAGCUGAGCAUAUAAAUGAUGUGGGUCAGAAUAUUUUGCAUGUGGCAAUCAAGCACCGUCAAUAUGACAUCUUCAAUAGUGUGAUAAAUACGAAAAUACCAAUGAAAAGGUUAGUCCGAACGGUUGACAAAAAUGGCUACACCAUUUUACACCAUGCCGCAGACAUGGAGCCAGAAACUACAAAGAUUCAUCCAGCAGGACCUGUGUACCAACUCCAGGAAGAGAUAAAGUGGUACAAACGUGUAGAGAAGGUCACGCCCACCUACUACGCCAUGUUGCUUGACAAGAAGGAACACAAGACUUGCGAGGAGCUAUUCAAUAUGAAGCAUAAUGAACUACUAGGGAAAGCACGAGAAUGGACAAAAGAAACUUCCCAGUCUUGUUCUGCAGUGGCUGGUCUCGCUGCUACAGUGGUCUUCGCGGCUGCCUACACUGUACCUGGAGGUUCCAAUGAGAAAGGGUAUCCAAUUUUCCUGAACAGCAGUCUCUUCUUGCUUGUUGCAGUCAUGGACGUUAUUGCUUUGGCCUGCUCCUUGACCUCCGUUGUAAUGUUCUUAUCUGCACUGACAUCGCCUUAUACGUAUGAUGAAUUCCUCUUUGAACUGCCUAGAAAACUCACAAUAGGCUUCUCCUUGCUCUUCAUUUCGUUGGCUACAACAAUGAUUGCAUUCUCAGCUUCAUUAUUGCUCACGAUUCGUUUAGAAAAGCCACAUUGGACCACUACUCUCAUUUACACUGCUGCAUUUUUCCCUGUCAGCAUAUUUGCACUCAUGAAUUUUCCUAUGUAUGCUGCAUUUCAGAAAACUUUGUUCAAGUUGUAUCCUAGAUUGUCUAAGAGUCGGUGUCUCACAAAGCCUUCACUGCUUAAGAAGCCAGGUUCCAAUGUAGAUCAACCAGCUCCUAAUAAUCCAGUCGCAUACGGAGCAGCUUCAGGACGACGGUCAAAUGUCUAAGAAGAAAGUUAAUGAUAAUAAAUCUGAGCUCCCAGUCUGUGAGAUGUAUUUAAGUUGAUGCUGAUAAGUCUCUGAGAUAUUAACUUAUGUGCCGUUCUUGUUUAUUGAUAAUAAGUCUAAAUCUGUUUUCGUUAUAUUGGGUUUCACUGAGUUAGGUGUCAAUUAAGAGAGAGCAUUUUACCCUGUUCUAUAUGCAAGUAGUGGGUGUUUUUUAAGAGUCAUGUUGAGUUUAUAAAUUGUAAACAUUUGGUGUAUUUUUAGCUUAUUUCAGUAAGAUUCUUAUUUUCUAAGUA